AAGGAGUCUUCCACUUCUGUUCCAGUCACUGGCCAUUAGCAUCCUAGGCAGGAAAGGUUUGUGAGUUUAUGCUGGCAGCAGAAGAGUACAGGAAGCAUUUAUUGUCAGUUCCUGAGCAGUGUUUUGAUUAUAAAUUAAUCUCUUGAGAUAUUACGGCAGUUGCAAAUGGUUAAUGAGUAUCAUAAUACUACCUGCUUCUUUUCCUUGUCCAAAGGCCAGUUGGGUCCCUGAGCCUAUAAAACUCUGACGGAGCGCUGGAGCAGACCUACCCAACACUUGAAACUGAGGCAAUCUGCAAAGAUGUCCAAGAACAUCUUCUCAUUUCUCCGCUUGCUUGUGCUCUUGCUGGGCUUUGCCUUCAUCUGCCUAGGAGCCUAUUGCUUCUCUACAAGUGCCUCUGCUUGCAAGUGCAAUAGUUUGCCUAUUGCCUACUUCCUAUUACCCUUGGGUUUCUUUUUUCUCAUCUCUGGGAUUUUCUGGAGCACUUAUCAUGAAGCCAGUAAGCACAAGGGCUUAUUCCACAGCCUUAUGCAUGGAAGUCCCAGACUUCAAGAGACUCAGAUUAGUACCAUAGACAGGCCUGACUUCUACCCACCAUCAUACGAAGAUAGCACUGAUCCCGAAAAGCAGACUUUUGCACUGCCCAUCUGCCCCCAGGAGCAAGUCAAGGACAUGUACAACAUACCUCCACCUCUUUACACAGAGAGCAGCCUGGAAUUCCUGGAGGAAGCCAGCCCUCAGGAACAGCGGCCACCUACGUAUGAAGUCUCCGUGCGGCAGGCUGCAGAACAUAACUUGACCACGCGUGAAGAGCCUUGCUGCACAUCCGUGUCACAGGCCAGCUGCUGAGGGAACAGCCUGCCAGAGGACGUGAGGCCGAGAUAAGCCGUGCCUGCUAUUUUGGGAGAGUGGCUGGGGUUAAUGCACAGGAUGCAAAGUGUAGUCGAAGUGAAGAGAGGCAAGCACUGUUCUAUGCAAUGGGGUGAAGACAGUAACUGCAGUAACUGACAGAAAGCCUGGGUAAAGUUGCUAAAGUUUUGAAGAAUGUUGCUGAGUCCAGUCCAGUAUUGCUGGCUAGCUGCAAUAACUGGGUAUGUUUGUUUACAUUGUUGUAGCUUUAUUCUGCCUAUGCUAGGGUCAGGCCUUGCUGUCAUUUCCUAUCCUGUAAAGAUCAACAACAGUAGCAGGAGGAAGUGCCCGUCAGAGGGAGGGGCCUUCUCAAAGGAAUGACAAAAGAAACCCCCAGGCAAAGCACUGUUGAAUGAGGCAUGCACACACACACACACACACACACAGAGAGAGAGAGAGAGAGAGAGAGA